AUGGCUUCUAAGAGCAAAGAGAGUAAUGAUCUAUAUAUUUUCGAUCUCUCGGAGGAAGUUAAAAGCACCUUAGAAUUACUUUACUUUGAUUUGGAUACAUUGGAGGAAGUAAAAGCUCCUGUCUCAUUAAAAAGCGACGAGCGAGAUGCCAAGCAGAAGAGCGAAAACGAAAAUGAAUGUUCGGCUUGUAAUAUCAAGCUAGAUGAGGAAGAUAGAAGGUAUCAUUAUAAGACAGAUUUUCAUAGAUUUAAUUUAAAGAGGUCAAUAGAACACCAGAAGCCAAUAUCUGAAUCUGAAUUUGACGCAUUAGUCGAAGGUCAAUCUAUUGAAAGUUUAUCCGCCAGUGACAGUGAAUCUGAUAGUGACGAAUAUGGUAACGAAGAUAAAAGCAAAGCAAAGUUAGAGACAGUUUUCGAAAAGGUUACUUUAAACGCGACACCAUUAGAAUCUGAGAGGUCAAUCAGCUACUUAAAUACCAGAUCUCCAUACAUUCUCUUCAAGUCACCAUUUUUAGAAGAAGGAAAGGCUUUCGGUGUAUACAAAGCUUUGUUCUCUGCGCUGGAAAUACAGAAUUCUCCUGUGAAUGUCCUUCAAUCAUGGUCAAGAGAACCGGUAUGUAAUCAAAAAUCGGCAAUGUUUAUGAUAGGUGGUGGCCAUUUUGCUGGUGCAAUAGUUUCUCAUAAGCGUAAAUCUAUCAAAGGUAAUGUCAAUCAUAAGGAGUCCAAAAGAGACCAAGCUGUGGAAGUAAUUUCUUCUAAGACAUUUCACCGAUAUACUACUAGAAGAAAGCAAGGUGGUGCGCAAAGUGCUAGUGAUAAUGCCAGAGGUAAGGCUAAUUCCGCUGGUUCAAGUAUGAGAAGAUAUAAUGAGCAAAUGUUGAUAAAAGACGUUAGAGAUUUGUUGGCUUCUUGGAGAAAGGAGCUCGAAGGAUGUACCUACAUAUUCAUCAGAGCCAAUGGCGUUUCUAAUAGAAAGACAUUAUUGGGUUAUGAAGGAGCAAUAUUAAAGGCCAAUGACCCCAGGAUCAGAAGCUUUCCGUUUACUACAAAGAGGCCGACAACCGCAGAGUUAAAGAAAGCAUGGUCUCAGUUGACGUAUUUAGAGGCUGUCGAUCUACCAAAGGUUAGGGAGAAGAGAAAAGAGCCAAAGGAGGACAAAGCUCCCUUAGUUAAAAAGGCACCUGAAUCCCAAUUGACUGAAGAUGAAAAGCAGUCAGUUGAGUUGAUAAACUUAAUAAAGAAGCAAAAAGCCCCAUUGAUGAUAAGCUACUUGAAGAAGCACAAUUUGUCACCAAAUUUUACAUUGAAGCCUGAUUCUAAGUAUGCAUCAACGCCUACCUUAUUGCAUUAUUCCAGUCAUAAUAAUUUGAACCAUAUGACUCAAAUUUUGCUCAUUAAUUUAAAAGCUGAUCCGACUAUACAAAACGACUUUGGGAAGACCCCCUAUGAUUGCUCUGGAAGCAUUGCAUCGAAACGAGUAUUUCAGAUUGCACGCAAUAAACUUGGUGAAGAUUCUGUAGACUGGCUGCGUGCAAAUGUUGGUCCGCCAAAGUCUAAAGAAGAUUUUGAAAAGGAAGAUUAUUUAGAACAAGAGAGAAUUAAAGCAGAGAAAAAAAAAUCCAUUGAGGAAGAACUCAAUAGGAAAACCGAACUUGAAUUGAAAAAGCCCACCUUUUCUUCUUCGGGACGUAGUGGAGGACCCUCAGUUAAUCAAAGGAUGGAUUUAAAUGGGCUCUCAGAACAGCAAAAGCAGCGUUUCAUGAGAGAACAAAGAGCGAGAGCAGCAGAAGCGAGGAUGAAGUCAUUAUCCAACACCUGA